AUGGAUCUCUCCUCGCUGGAGGGGCCUCCCAUUGCGGACACUAGGUUCUCCAACGUCGCUCAGGGUGCUGUCAGUAUCCCUCAGAUUCAGUUCGAUACUACAUUGAGUCCUCUUCUGGCAAAGCAUGCAUCCCAACAUCACCGAACGAAACUUCCGCACGCCUCCAAACCAGUCCAUGAACGCAAGACCGUCCCGAAGCAGUUCACACCUCACCACUACCCCGGCGUCCUCAUCUCGAUCUUCCCGUCCUCACUCAAACAGCCUCGGACGAAUACCACACUUGCACCGCCCGAACGGUCGCAUUCUUCGAUGUCUAGUCUUGGUCCGUCCAGAGGGAUGGCUUCGAUAUCUCAUUUCCAACCAAUGAACAACUACAAUUCAACGGAUCUUCUGGCGGAUACUCAUUCCGAUGAUGUUCCUCCCCCUUAUGAACAGCAUGUCUUCGACCAACCUUUAGGACCUAUUCUACCCGCCGUCACCAGGGUAAAUCACGAAGAGUCGCCACAGCGGGGGUCUCGAUGGACAGCCAUCGGACGGCGAGUUACUUGA